CUCAGCGCUGAGAGGCAGGAGAGACAGAGAGGAAGGAGAGUGAAGCCAGAAUAGGGUUAGUCACAACAGCAGGUGCUGAAGAUAAAAAAAAAAAAACAAGGUUCAAAUAGAAAUAGGGUGCCAAAAAGAAAGAUAAUCAGGGCAAAGUCUGUUAGAAGAUAAAAGUAAAGAACAGAAAAUACAGAGACGACAGAAACUAAAACAAUCUUAUUAAUCUUCUUUUUCCUAAGCUGGAGUACAACAGCCCACUUAUUUUCUUUUUCAGCCACCUUCACUGUGCCCUUUACCCUCCUCCUCUCGUACGGAUUCUCCUUCCUCGGAUCGUCCCCUCUUCCUCCUCCUCCUCUCCCUGUCAUCCUCUUCACUGACUGCUGACAGACAGUGCCACCAUGGAAACCGGGAGCCCCAGGAAGAUACAGUUCACUGUCCCCCUACUGGACACCCACCUGGACCCAGAGGCAGCUGAACAGAUCAGAAGACGUAGACCCACACCUGCCACUUUAGUGGCAUCCAGUGAUCAAUCAUCACCUGAAAUUGAUGAAGAUCGUCUCCCAAACCAGUUGUACAAGGCAGCCUUGCUGAACUCACCUCGACAACGGCGAAAAGGUCAAAAGGGCACACCUACAAUGAAAGAGCUGCAGUUCCUGGUAGAGCACCACCUAUACAGGCAGCAGCAGGGAGCUGGGGACGAGUGCUCCUCAGAGAGUUGCCUGUCGGACCGGCCCAGCCCUGACUCUGUUCCCACCGGGGAGGAGCUCCCACAUGAUGAUGAGGCCACUGCAGAGGCCUUUGAGAAACUGCGCUGCCAAAUGGAGGAGUUCUCAAGGGAGAGUCGAUUAGAAGCUGCAGGUGGACUCGAGUGCCCCCUUUCCAAGGAAAAAGAGGAUUGUUCCAGCGUUGCCAAUGUAGCAGAUGCCUCAUCGAAACAAAGCAAAGCACAAGCAGACACAAAAGCAGCAGCAUCCAGUGCGAGUCAGCCGGCAGAGUAGAAGACAAAGAAACCCAGCCUGGAGAAAGAGAAAUGGAGCGGUCUUCUGUACAACACAAUGCUGCUCAGUGUGCUCAGCCAGCCCAACACAAUGACAGAAGAUUGUGUCUGCAGAUCCACUUUUUAGAUACAUCAGGGCGCCUAUAUUCCUCUACAGUCAGGCCUUAUAGUUACCACCUCGAGAACAAGAACAAAGGUUUCUAAACUUAUUUUGUGUCAAAAAAUCAUAAAUAAAGGGACCGUUAUUAUAAUAUAUUUGUUUUUUACAGCUUCCCCUGCCCUGAACUAAAACUAUGUAUGAACCAGUUGUGACUUGCUGUCUAGUAAAUGGGAAGGAGGGAGCAUGUCCUGUGUCACAGUCACGCAAUCAUUAUCAUAAAGUACCAGAACUCAACAUGCUUAAUGUCUCCUUUAAUGUUCAAAGGCAUCAAAUAUUCAAUUUACAAUCCUUUUAACAGCUUUUAUCAUUAAAUAUGUGCCAUGACCUCUGCAAUUGUUGAUCCAUCUCAAAGCAAUAAAAUUGUAUUUGUACCUUAUAAAUCACUGGGAAUCCAUUACAUUCAAAUUGAAUACCAUCACUUAGUCCCAGUGUUAGAUGUUCAGUCAUAAAUGAGUGGACAAAACAUCAGGGUUAAAUUUAAGAUAGAUUUUUGUGUGUUUACACUAGUGAAUUUGAUAUUCCAAACAUGUAACUGGAUACUAAAAUUAAAUAUCUUUUCACUCUUAAAUUAGGCGGGUGAUGAAGUGAAAUGUAUUAAUAUCCCAAUUAUUAAAAUCAUGUACAAUACAAUGAUAACUAGACUUUUACCAGCCAGACUGUGUGGUUGUAAAUGUCUAGUUAACAAGCAGGGCACAUUACAGAAGACUGUGUCUGCAGCCUCAUUUACAUAUUUUGGAUUAACAAGGAAGAUUCCAUCUCCAAUGAGCAAAUUGCAUCCUCAUUUUUGACACUUUGAAUACUUUUGAGAGUCUAAAUCCUGGUCCUAAAACAACUUCUUGCAUGACACUGAAUGUACAGUGACUUUUUUUUUAAGCCUAAAGGCUUUAAUGUGGUUCAUUUUGUAGGGGAACUCAUUUAAACAGUGAAUCAAACAUUUUAAAUACGGUACCAGACACAAAUCACAACUACUGGCAUUCCCUUUUAUUUACAGUUUUGUAUGUAACAAGAACAUUAUGAAGUCAUCACCACACUCUUAAAUGUUUUCUCUGUUAUUUGUAUCACUCAAGUGGCAUUAUUAUGUAGAUUAUGUGACAAUCCUUCCAUAACCACCACAUUAUAUAUGACUUGUCUGAAAGAAAUAAAGUAAAAUAAAUAAAACUGAAACAGAAGACUAAAGCCACCCUAGUAUUGAUGUCACUUCACCAGAUUUAUCAGCCACAGUGUGAGCAGUAUCUUUCCCAGCUGCCAACAGAGACCACUAUGUCCACAAUGAACAAGAAAGAUUGUAAAAACAUUCCUGUGCAAGCUUUUCUUUUUCUCCUGCAGUGUAUUUAUGGACCAUGUAAUGUUUGUUCUGUUUUGAAUGGUAAUAGUGUACUUUACAUGAAUUGAAUCUGGGGAAUUUUGUUCCAAUUUUACUUGAAUUGAUGGAUGAUUACAUCUGUGAUCUAAAUUUGUUUGAUACAAUAAAAUGUUUAAAUUGGU